GGGAGGGCCGAGUGCGAGUUUUCUGAUUGGUGGAAGCGGCUAUUCCAGAGCCGCUCGCUAACUUGGGAACCGGAAGUGGAAGUCAUUCCCGCCACCGGUGCCACCGCAAUGCAGAGGGAGGAGAAGCAACUUGAGGCAUCAUUAGAUGCACUGCUGAGUCAAGCAGCUGAUUUGAAGAACUCACUGGGGAGUUUCAUUUAUAAGCUGGAGAACGAGUAUGACCGGCUGACCUGGCCCUCUGUCCUGGACAGCUUUGCCUUGCUCUCUGGACAGAUGAACACUCUGAACAAGGUCUUGAAGCAUGAAAAGACACCACUGUUCCGUAACCAGGUUAUCAUCCCUCUGGUGUUGUCCCCAGACCGAGAUGAAGAUCUCAUGCGACAGACUGAAGGUCGAGUACCUGUUUUCAGCCAUGAGGUAGUCCCUGACCAUCUGAGAACCAAGCCUGAUCCUGAAGUUGAAGAGCAGGAGAAGCAACUGACGACGGAUGCUGCCCGGAUUGGUGCUGAUGUAGCCCAGAAGCAGAUCCAGAGCUUGAAUAAAAUGUGCUCAAACCUUCUGGAAAAAAUCGGCAAAGAGGAACGAGAAUCAGAGAGUGGAGGUCUCCGGCAGAACAAGCAGACCUUUAAUCCUGCAGACACCAAUGCCUUGGUGGCAGCUGUUGCCUUUGGAAAAGGGCUAUCUAAUUGGAGACCCUCAGGCAACAGUGGUCCUGGUCAGCCAGGCCAGCCAGGAGCUGGGACAAUCCUUGCAGGAGCCUCGGGAUUACAGCAGGUGCAGAUGGCAGGAGCUCCAAGCCAGCAGCAGUCAAUGCUUAGUGGGGUGCAGAUGGCCCAGGCAGGUCAACCAGGGAAAAUGCCAAGUGGAAUAAAAACCAACAUCAAGUCAGCUUCAAUGCAUCCCUACCAGCGGUGAGUGUGGCUGGAAACCUCCAUACCCACGUGCUUUUUGCAGAGCUGGGCAGGGAAAUUACCUUUUGCCCAACACUGGUAUGGACAGGUACCAUAAAAAGAAUAUGGGCUUUUGGCAACAGACAAACCCCAUCUCUACCACUGACUAGCUGUUUGACUUUGAGCAAGUGACCUAAUUUUUCUGAACCCGUUUUCUCAUCUGUAAUGUGGGGGUGGUAACACCUACCUCAUGAUUGUUGUGAGGACUUAAGUGAGACAAUGAAUGUAAAACACUUAGCACGGUACGUGAAAUAAUGAGUAUUCCAAUAAACGAUAGUUUCUGCAGCUACUUCUCCCCACAGCCCUCCACAAUCCUUGAUCCAGGACUUAAACUGAUCUGAUACUGCUUCAUGCCAGGGUGAGCUGAUGGACACAAGACCUUGGAUCUCUCAGUUGUAUUUGAAAGCCUGUACUUACUGUGUGCUGCCAGAAACUGUAGCAGCCUCUAUAUUGAGAGACACACUGUGUCUGCAGGCCACUCCUGGCCAUCCUUCUAUACUUCAAGCAAAGAGGCUUCUGGGAUGGGACAAGCUGUCUACCUGCAGCCCUGGUGAAGCUUGGGCGUGCUCUAUUCUCCAUCCUCUGAGGAGCCCAGUCACCCCUUACCUGGCAAGUAGUCACAGAGUCCUCUAUCUUUUACCACCUCCACCCCACCCCAACCCCUGUGCACAUGAAGGAAGAUUCUGAGGGGCCAUUAAGUGGGUUUCCUCAGGAAAUGGCCCUACCAGGCAGUGCUCUGGGAGAAAGGGUCAUGUUCUUCGCACAUGAAAAAGCCCCUUCUUCCCCUGGACUUGUCCUUAUUUUGGGGGAAGGUGGCAAUUGCAGUUCAGACUUUCUCAUCAGGAUCUAGUUUUUCUCAUAACAGAGCCUAGUUCCUGGACUUUAACCAGGAUGGUUUUCUUCUAUUCCACUGAGCCUAUCGCUCAAAUAAGAGCCGGAUAUAUUGUGGGAGGGGGCAGCCCCCAGUACCUUUGCCUGCUCUUAUAAAGUUGAAGAACAAAGUGAGUUUGGAUAUCCAGCUUACACUGCAACCUCCUUUGUGGACAACGACUAGAGUUGAGGCAGCAGAAGCGGACCAAAAGAUUUCUCUGAAUAAAUUGAUGGGCAGUGA